AUGGAUGAUGUCCCGCGAUCAUGGUUCCCUGGUGAACUAGAUGAAGGUGGCAAGGUCACCCUCGACAAGCCCAAGUCCUCGAAAUGGGUGAUCGGCAAACUAGUCAAUACGCAUAGCUACCAAUCUGACGAGGCGGACGUUCCCUCUUACGCCUGUGCUCAGUUUGAAUGCGUCGAUGCUAGUAAUCAGGAAGAGUGCUUUAUGCGCAUUUACGUCCAAGUUCCACUCACCGGUUAUGAGCACGCAGACCGACAUACACUUGCCCAACAAGCAGCCGAAUUCACACCCCCGGAGCUGAACGCAUACAAAUUCCUCACCGACAAUGGCUCGCGAAAUACCCCUAAGUUACGAGCAUAUAAACAAGACACUCAAGACGCAAAUGGACCAAUUCCUGGAGGGCAUAUCACAUGGAUCGUAUGGCAGAAGGUGCCCGGAACAUGUCUAGGAGAUAUCAGAGAUGCCUUUGUCUACUGGAGCAUGAAAGCAACUGAACGAAAACGCGUCCGUGAUGCGUUCCUUCAAGAGCUUCCUGAGAUUAUGAAAAUGGGAUAUUUCCCCCGGCACCUUAGACCUCGCCACUUGAUCUGGGAUAGCACUCGCAAUGCUCUUUACUUUGUUGGUUUCCGGGAUGCAGUGCCUUUCAAGGCCAAAGGAACCUUCGGUGAAGAGUGGUUGCCAUAUUUUGAUCUUGCUAAGCCCCCUCAGAGAAAUUACCGGAAGGCAACGGAUUACAAGGGAGACACCUCGGCUCGGUGCUGCCAGAACUCUGAGAGAAGGGGGAAACGGGAGAUGAAAGGAGUGAGCAGUACGACUUCAUUUGCCGUCGAGAACUGGGGAAAGGAAGCACAAGGAGCAAACUAUGUAGCUGCGUAA